CUAACUACGUGCAGACAUUGUUCCUGGUUGACUAAUCUUGAUCCUGAUGGGAGCGCCAAGCGACAACUCAGCCUGAACUCCGCAGUCUCAACCUUCAUCGUCCCUCACUCCAUCUUCAACGACACGUUGAAGCAACUCAGUCUCGAUCUUCGCGCUUUGCGUGAGUACUCGCUACAAGUGGACAUAGGGCUUCCUUGUCGUUCUACUGUGCGUCGAGCAGUUCGAAAUUAUGCAAUACUCGCUACCGUUCAAUGCAUCGUUCAACGUGAGAUUUACGUCCCAAACGCGCAAACCCAGCAAUUCAUGUAGCAAUUCAACAACUUGCUGGAAUAUGGGCACCAAGUUGUGUGAAGCGCUUGGUGGAGACUCCAUUGGAAGUGAUGGGGCUGAUUAUACCUGACCGCCGCCCGUGGGUAGCCUUUGUUUGCUACUUCAAUGCAGCUUACAAUGCAUAUUCCGAUGCCACAUAUCCUCUCUAGUACGCACUGCAAAGGUUAACGUGUGAUACUUCAUGCAAAGAGCCCUUCAAGAACUCAAUGAUAUCUUCAUCUUCCCCACGCGUCAUUUUCCAGCUUCUCCGCUGAACAACAUGUAAAAGGCAUGUCGCACCUGGUACCCCACGCGAUUUAUCCAUUUUCGUAACAUCUUGGAAACCCUCAAGCAAACCGUGUCCUGUGGGGAAAGCACCAUGUGCUGGCAGGCACACCGCUUAUCAUGCCGCUCUAUACGAAAGCGAAAGCCACAUUUCCAUACCCAUAGCAGCAAUGGCAUCGAGUACCACUUUGCUACAGCAUUUGCGCGAUGAUGAUGUUACGAUACAGUCGCGGUCAUCACUUCCCACAGUGAGGGCGCUAGAGAAAUCGUUAUCAGCGCGUUUGCCAAGACCUACUCUCGGUAACAGCGACAAACAAAAUCAGCUCCUACACAUUCGAAUGGCGUUCAAUGUUCCUCGGCUUCGUCUCAAAGUUGCCCGGGAUUUUUCUCUAUAUGCCUUGUACUCGCGAAAAUCUAGAAUUCAGGACCUGACGUGUUGGCGUUGCGAGCCGAUAGCACGUCAUCGGGAGAAGCGCACAACACUCACUAGUACCAGGAAAAUCCAGGCGGGCCAAGAUCUCCACGUUGCGAUCACUGGUCGAACGUCCCAACACUCUGCCGUCGCGUCGAUUCCAUUAGACAUCUCGGCCCUGCUAUUCGUUUGCUCGGGUAGUAUAUACGUCAACCGUCAUGUCGGCGGACGUCCCUCACCCUGAUCUUUCCUCAACCUUCCAGAAAAUGUCCAUCAUUGACACCACCAAGGAUCUUUCUGCGCUUUUCACACAGCAAGCAAAGGAGACCCCAGAUGCAAUCGCUUUAGAGGAUCUAGGUCAUUCCUACACCUAUGCGGAGCUCCACGAAAGGGUCGUUGAACUGGCCGAACGGCUCCGAAGCCAUGGGGUUGGCCGCGAUAGCCUUGUCGGCGUACUUUUACCCCGGUCAGCUGACUACGUGAUUGCGUGUCUUGCCGCUCUUCACGCUGGCGGUGCAUUUCUCGUCCUAGAACUAGCAUACCCAGCCGAUCUUCUUGCCGACGUGCUAGAUGAUGCUCGCCCCGCAGUCGUUGUCACUGUGCGUGCGGAAGUUGGCAAGAUAAAAGCACGUGUACCUCUCAUCACCAUUGACGACGAGUCGUUCAGUUCCAAAGGCCAUCUGGACAAGAAUGAUUACCCUCCCCUGCCAUCCGAGACAGACUUGGACAGGCUCUGCUUUGUCGCCUACUCGAGUGGAACAACAGGGAAGCCAAAGGGUAUCGCAAACCCGCACCGAGCAGCAGUGCUUUCCUACGACCUGCGAUUUCAGCUGUCCGAUCUCAAGCAGGGCGAUCGUGUAGCAUGCAACGUCUUCUUCGUUUGGGAAAUACUUCGGCCAUUGUUACGAGGCGCAACGGUGGUGGCGGUGCCGGAUGAAGCCAGCUACGACCCUCCCGCUCUGGUUGAUCUGCUCGCGUCGAAGAAAAUAACUGAGACCUUGUUCACCCCAACAUUGUUCGCUGCUAUCCUCUCCCGCCACCAGGCUCUUGGACAACGCCUUCCGAAUAUCAAAACUGUGUGGCUCAAUGGCGAAGUGGUGACCACGGAUCUUGCCCGACGCGCGCUCAAGACUCUCUCAAACAUACGUUUGCUCAAUUGCUACAGCGCCUGUGAAACCCAUGAAAUUGCCUGUGGUGACAUUAAAGAUAUGCUCGGAAAGAUUGGCCAAGACGCCAUCUACUGUCCAGUAGGACCUCCUUUGAUAGACACAAAAUAUGUCUACAUUCUCGACGAAAGUGGCCAGAAGGUGGAAAUAGGAACACCCGGAGAACUGUUCAUCGGUGGCCAUCUCCUUGCGCGUGGAUACCUCAACCUUCCCGAUACUACAGCCAAAGUCUUCACACCAAACCCUUUCAGCUCCAAGACGGGUGCUAGAAUGUACAGAACUGGCGACAAGGCUCGUUUGCUGCCUUCUGGAUUGCUGGAAAUUACCGGCCGCGUGGGUGCUAUGAUCAAACUUCGUGGGUACUCGGUUGUCCCUGGCAAAGUCGAGAAUGCCGUCACAACCUAUCUCGCUGCAGUUCGCUGUGCCGUCACUACGUAUGGUGAAGGCCUUGACCGACAAUUGGUCGCCUAUUUUGUUCGCGAUAAAGAAGUAUCUACAGAGCGCCCUGCGAUCGAGAUUGAUAGUGAGGGUCACAGUAUUUCUUCUCGCCAAUUUCUCCGGACAUAUCUUGCUCAUUACAUGAUCCCACAUAUCUGGAUUGAGAUGGAUGAGCUGCCCACAAAUGACGUUUCCGGAAAGGUCGAUCUCAAACAACUCCCUUCUCCCAAAACAAGGACCUCGUCGCCCAAUGGCGCGCGCGCUACCUACGAGCAAGACGCCAUCACUAUCGAACAAAUCGCCGAGAUCUGGUCAUCGAUAUUAGGCCUGAAACCGAGUUCCAUUACUCCCGAAUACAACUUCUUCGAUCUUGGUGGACAUUCACUAUCCCUCGCCGAUUUGGCUGCGCGCUUGUCGAAUACCUUUGGUCUCAAGAUUCCCGUUGCCCGGCUUGCUGACCCUGCCACACUUAAUGGACACUUGGACGUCGUUCGCUCUGUGAGGGAAGGCCACACGGCUGCUAUUCAAGCUGACCUUCCAGCAAUACUGCGGGCUGAUGCUGUUCUCGACAAAGACAUCCAACCAUCUUCCGCCAAGUUCAAUGCCCUCAAAGAUGCGAAUACGAUCCUGCUGACUGGUGUGACUGGUUUCUUGGGACCCUUUUUGCUUCGUGAUCUGCUGGACACCACAAAUGCCAAAAUCAUUUGCAUGGUUCGCUUCGGCGACGCAUCGCAGGAAGAACGCCCCGGUGGCGUUGCAAGAAUUCGUAGGAAUCUUCUGGAUUUUGGUCUUUGGAGCGAUGCCAUCAUGGAAAGAGUUGAAGUUCUGCCCGGCAAUCUUUCCCGCAGGCGCUUCGGUAUGGCGCCUGAUGCCUUUGGCGAGCUCGCUAGUCGCGUGGAUGUGAUUGUUCACGCUGCUGCCACGGUCAAUCUCGUGUACCCAUAUGCAGCCCUGCGCCUGCCUAACGUGAUAGGAACGAAAGAAAUUCUGCGGCUAGCAUGCAAAGCGGGAGCAACAUUGCAAUAUGUCUCCACGAAUGGUGUGCUGCCUCCAGCGCAGGGACAGCAAGGCUGGCCAGAAGAUGCUAUCCUGAACGUCGAUGACGUGCCUACCAAGCUUGCCGAUGGUUACGGGCAAACUAAAUGGGUAGCGGAGCAGCUUGUUCUCGAGGCUGGCCGUAGAGGUUUGCCUGUCAAAGUGCAUCGAGCAGGCACUAUAAGCGGACACAGCGAAACUGGUGCCUCUAAUGCCUGGGAUCUUCUGACAGCACUCAUUGUCGAAUCGAUCCGAAUCGGCUACUAUGCCGACGUCAAGGGGUGGCGCGCAGAAAUGACGCCCGUCGAUUUCGUUAGCAAAGCUAUCAUACACUUAGGCAACCAAACUGAUGUGGAUCAAGUCAUCUUCCACCUCGGAGACCCAACCCCUGUCGAUAUCAGUACAGUAUUCGACGAGCUUAACAAGUUGGGAUAUCCUACGCAGCCAGUGGAAUUCAGCAAGUGGAUCGAGCUAUGGGAUGACAAGCGUGGCUCUGCUAAGGGCGGAGACGGAGCGUUCACCAUUGACAUAUUACGCAGCGGUAUGCCAAGUAUUGAGUUUUUGAGAGACAUAGUAGUCCUCGACAACGCGAAGACCAGGCCUUUCCGUGCCGCAGUGGAACGACCCAAGGUGGACCAAGUUCUUCUGGAGACAUACACCCGCCAUUGGUAUGCCCGAGGCUGGCUCCCAAAACCCCCCACGUCUCAAAAUGCCUCGGGAGGCUCAGGACAGCUUCCUCGACGAGGCCCACUCUACGGCAAGGUUGCUGUGGUUAUGGGCGCCUCUUCUGGGAUUGGUGCCGCGACAGCAACAGCUCUAGCAAGAGAAGGAUGCCACGUAGCGCUAGCUGCACGUCGUAUCGACGCACUUGAAAACCUCAAGAAGCGAAUGGUCGUCCGUGAAGGCAAAGUCCUUUGCCAAAAAACCGACGUCACUGAUCGAGCCCAAGUUGCAGCUCUGGUCAGCACAGUAGAGAAAGAUCUGGGGCCUAUCGACAUUUUCAUCUCCGUAUCAGGAGUGAUGUACUUCACGAUGAUGAAGAACAUCCAAACCGAGGAGUGGGAUCGCACGGUUGAUGUCAACUGCAAAGGCCUGCUCAACGUCAUCUCUUCCGCCGUACCUCCCAUGCUUUCACGCGGCAAAGGCCAUCUCGUGGCAAUUUCUUCAGACGCCGGACGGAAAGUCUUCCCUGGACUCGGCGUCUACUCUGCCAGCAAGUUCUUCGUUGAGGCUACUCUGCAGAGUCUGCGUCUUGAAACCGCAGGCACGGGUUUGCGUGUCACAGCCGUGCAGCCUGGCAACGUAGCCACUGAUCUACUAGGCAUGUCGACAGACAAGGAGGCACUGGAGAAAUUCGGUGAACCAUCUGGAGCAAAAGUGCUAGAUCCUGAAGACGUUGCGAACUCGAUUGUCUAUGCCCUGAAGCAGCCCGAGCAUGUUGCUGUCAACGAGGUCUUGAUCGAGCCUCGCGACGAGCCCAUCUAG